GCCAAUGUUUUCAACAUGUAUGCAAAGAAACAAUCAUGUGUCUAUUAAUAGAAAGAACAUGAUGACUGCAUCAUUGCAUGCUCUCUCUCAUUUUGAAUUCCCUAUAAGAACAGAAAAGGUAUCUCACUUUGUUCCAAUCCAGAACCAACCAAGAGCACCAACUUCUGAGCUUCUUAGAGUCUGUGUUUAGACUUAUUGCUCCAAUGGAGAAACAAUCAAGUCAAUUUAUUGCAGAAGCAACCACCACCCAAAACAUGGAAGUAGAAGCUGAUGAAGAAUGCAAUCCACUAAACCAGCCACUCCUCAAGAGAAGCCAAACGCUUUCCUCCAAUCCACUGGCCAUGGUUGGAGCCAAAGUUUCCUAUAUAGAAAGCUUGGACUAUGAGAUCAAUGAGAAUGACCUAUUCAAGCAUGACUGGAGAAGCAGAUCUAAAGUCCAAGUAUUGCAGUAUGUAUUCUUGAAAUGGACACUUGCAUUCCUUGUUGGACUUCUUACUGGUUUAAUUGCCACCCUCAUCAAUCUUGCGAUUGAGAACAUUGCUGGCUACAAGCUUCUUUUCAUUGUCCACUUGAUCCAGAAGAAAAGGUUUUUUAUGGGAUUCAUCUAUUUCACUGGGGCUAAUUUACUUCUGACAAUGGUUGCUGCUGCUCUCUGCGUCUGUUUCGCGCCAACAGCAGCUGGGCCUGGGAUACCUGAAAUCAAAGCUUAUCUUAAUGGAGUUGAUACUCCCAACAUGUUUGGAGCUAUAACAUUGAUUGUCAAGGUGUUGUCGAUAAUUGGAAGUAUUGGAGCUGUCUCUGCUGGACUAGAUUUAGGGAAAGAAGGGCCUUUGGUACACAUUGGCAGCUGCAUUGCCUCCUUACUAGGCCAAGGGGGGCCUAAUAAUUACCGGCUUAAAUGGCACUGGCUUCGCUACUUCAACAAUGACAGGGACCGCCGUGAUCUAAUUACCUGUGGUGCUUCCUCAGGAGUUUGUGCAGCUUUUCGAGCCCCAGUGGGUGGUGUCCUCUUUUCUCUUGAAGAGGUUGCUACAUGGUGGAGGAGUGCCCUCCUCUGGAGAACAUUCUUCAGCACUGCUGUUGUGGUGGUGGUGCUCAGGGCCUUUAUUGAAAUAUGCAAUUCUGGGGAAUGUGGACUUUUCGGGUCAGGAGGGCUUGUUAUGUUUGAUGUGAGUAAUGUUACUAUUAAGUACCAUUUGAUGGAUAUCAUCCCAGUUAAUGUAAUUGGCAUUAUUGGUGGAGUUUUGGGAAGCCUUUACAACUAUUUUCUUCACAAGGUCCUCAGACUCUACAAUCUCAUCAAUCAGAAGGGAAGAAUCCAUAAGCUCCUUCUCAGCCUCACUGUCUCACUUUUCACCUCAGCUUGUCAAUAUGGUCUCCCUUUUCUAGUAAAAUGCAGGCCUUGUGAUUCCUCCCUUUCAGAAACUGAAUGCCCCACCAAUGGAAGGUCAGGCAACUUCAAGCAUUUUAAUUGCCCUGAUGGUUACUACAAUGAUCUAGCCACUCUAUUUCUUACCACCAAUGAUGAUGCUGUCCAAAACAUCUUUUCCACAAACACUCCUUAUGAAUAUCAAACCUCCUCUCUCCUAAUCCUCUUUGCACUCUAUUGCAUCUUAGGACUGUUUACCUUUGGCAUUGCUGUCCCUUCUGGACUCUUCCUCCCAAUCAUCCUCAUGGGCUCAGGUUAUGGCCGCCUACUAGGUCUUGCCAUGGGGUCUUAUUCAAAUAUUGACCGGGGGCUUUUUGCUGUGCUUGGUGCAGCCUCGCUUAUGGCUGGCUCAAUGAGGAUGACUGUUUCCUGUGUAAUAUUCCUUGAACUCACCAAUAACCUUCUAUUACUACCCAUAACAAUGGUUGUCCUCCUAAUUGCCAAAACUGUUGGAGACAGUUUCAAUCCAAGCAUCUAUGAAAUUAUACUACACCUAAAAGGCCUGCCUUUCUUGGAUGCACAUCCAGAACAAUGGAUGAGAAACCUCACAGUUGGUGAGCUUGCUGAUGCAAAGCCACCAGUAGUCAAUCUCCAUGGAGUGGAAAAGGUGGCCCGAAUCGUGGAUGUACUGAGAAAUACUACACACAAUGGUUUCCCUGUUGUAGAUGAUGGCGUGGUGCCACCAUUGGGAAUAGCCACUGAGGCAACAGAAGUACAUGGUAUAAUCCUAAGAGCUCACCUUCUUCAAGCUCUAAAGAAAAAAUGGUUCUUGAGAGAGAAAAGGAGAACAGAGGAGUGGGAAGUGAGAGAGAAAUUUAACUGGGUUGAUCUGGCUGAGAGGGAAGGAAGUAUUGAAGUGGCUGUGACAAGUGAUGAAAUGGACAUGUACAUCGAUCUGCAUCCUCUCACCAAUACAACGCCUUACACAGUGUUGGAAAGCAUGUCAGUGGCAAAAGCUAUGGUGCUUUUCAGGCAGGUGGGACUCCGCCAUUUGCUCAUUGUACCUAAGUAUGUAGCAGCCGGGGUACCUCCUCUUGUAGGGAUCUUGACCCGGCAGGACUUAAUGCCCUACAACAUAUUGACUGCAUUUCCCCAUUUGGCAAGAACAACGAGUGGAGAAAAGGGGAACUGAGUCUCUCAUAAUACAAAUGGCACUAGCACAUUUCUGGAAGCAACACAUCUCUUCCUGUUUCUAUUAUUUUUUUUUUACAACUUAUGAUUUUAUUAUCAAAUUCUAAGAGCAUCUCCAGCAGAUUAGGCAAAUUUCUGUACUGUUUGGAAAAUGAACAGUGACUUUUACCUUUUAACUACUCACAUUUUCAAAUACACUUUCCAACAAAUUCUCUAUCUCAUUUA